CGAGGUAGGUAUUAGAGACAUUUGUUGUUAUAUAUGUUAAAUAUUCACUAACAUGCUUUUAUAUAGUCAAUCAGUUGUAGACGAAGAGUUCACGUUUGACUUUGAUGCAAGCACUGAGCUCACCGUCGAUGGUCCUCAGAGGCAUCUGCUCGGAAAAAGACUUGGUGAUAAAGGCAAGUCAAAUUCUUCAAGAAAACAGCGACGAACUAUUACUACGGAAGAAGAAGACGAAGAUUACGAAGGUCAAUAAGAAUGUAGAUAAAUUGACCUUGUUUAUGCCUUUCU